AUGGCUGUCACUGCACCUCCCCACCUUCAUCGCUCGGAAAAUGGCAACGUACAGCUGGUUGUUAAGGGCAAGCCCUUUCUCAUGUUACCCGGCGAACUUCACAACUCAUCACUGAGCUCGGCUAGGUUUAUGAGUGAAGUAUGGGGCCCCAUGAAGCAGCAGUCCAUCAACACACUCCUUGGGUCGGUCACUUGGGAGAUGAUUGAGCCAGAAGAAGGCAAAUACGACUUCUCGGAGCUAGACAAAGUACUCGAGGGCGCCCGGCAACAUGACAUGAAGCUCGUCAUUCUGUGGUUUGGGUCAUACAAGAAUGGUAUAUCUACAUACGUACCAAACUGGGUCAAGCGCGACGCAAAGCGCUUCCCAAGAGUGCAGGUUUUGGAGGCAGGCGGGGUCAAACGGACGAUUGAGAUGCUGUCGCCGCUGAGCAACGAAAGCUGUGAGGCGGACGCUCGAGCAUUCACGACUUUGAUGCACCAUCUAAAAGCUGUCGAUGGCGAGCACCAGACCGUGGUCAUGGUUCAGGUUGAAAAUGAGACGGGGUUACUUGGGGAUUCUCGCGAUCGAUCCCGGCGCGCCGAGAGGGCGUUCUCCAAUCCUGUCCCCGAAAACCUCCUCAAGCACCUUUCCUCGAUUGAUCUGCAUUCACAAUUCAACGCUCGGUUCCCGAAUGUUCCCUCAUCUGGCGAUCACAGCUGGGAGUCUGUCUUUGGCAAAGGCGUUCCGGCCAAUGAAGCAUUCAUGGCAUACAAUAUCUCCUCAUACGUUGGCCGGGUGGCUGCUGCUGGCAAGAAGGAAUACGACAUUCCUUUUUACACCAACACAUGGCUGAACUUUGACAACCCAUCAGAGCUAGAUAUGUCCGGUACGCCCAUUGUAGUGGGUGGUGGUGCGGAAGCAGGAGUCUACCCUUCAGGUGGACCUUGCCCCCAUAUGCUUGAUAUCUGGCGGUUUAAUACUCCUUCGUUGGACUUCCUUGCUCCAGAUCUAUACUUUCAUGAUUACGAGUUGGUGUGCAAAAGAUACAGCGAGCAAAAGAACCCCUUGUUUAUCCCGGAGCAGCGCCGUGAUGAGAACGGCGCCCGGCGUCUCUGGCUUUCCUAUGGUACAUACGGUGCUCUGGGUGCUAGCCCCUUUGGCAUCGACACGGGCGCGGAAAUUACCGGCCGCGAGUUUCGUUUGUUGAAUCAGAUCAAGCCAUGCUUAUUGGCGGCGGGCCCAGAUGAUCGAUUUGGUUUCUUUUUUGACGAAGAGAAAGGGAAAUGCAAGGAGAAAUGGACCAAAGUCUUCGGCGAGAUCGAAGUGAUUGUGGAAAGGGCCUUCGUCUUCGGUAAAGCUGGACCGGGAGGCGGAUUGGUGAUUCACCUUGGAAACUCCCGGUUCUUGGCCGUUGGUCGGGGCUUCAAUGUUAGCUUCAAGAGCACAAACAACAAGGCCACAUUCACCGGCAUCCUCAGGGCAGAGGAGAAGGAGGUUGACGAACAGGGUGAGCUGAGGACGCUGCGAGUGCUGAACGGCGAUGAAACUAGGAGCGGAGAGUUCCUCAUCAUGCCCAACGACGACCCUGAUUACGGAGGCUUCCCAAUUGCCGUGACAAUUCCGGCUAGGACGUGCAUCGCUGAGAUUGAGGCAUACUAUAUUGUUGAGGAGGAGGAGGAUAGAUAG